AUGCCAGCGUACGCUGAUUCUUGGCUGAAGGUCGAGGAGGGUUUGGGUGGUGUUAGGCCGGAACUGACCGGCAGUGCAGAGAGCAUGCGAGCCCAAUUUGCUGGACUUAUGGCCGCUCUGGAGCCUCGCUACCCCCCUGCUUCUGGUGCUGUUAAGACGGAUGAUAUCAAGCUCGAUAAUAUUAUCGGUCGUGUUUACAUACCCGUCAGUUUGAAUGCUAAGCGACCCCUUCCGAUUGGUGUGUACUUCCCACCUGGUGGCCUCGUUAUUGGGAGAUCCAUAUCGGACGAGGUACUAUGCCGUACAUUGGCGGAGAAGGCCAAAACCAUUCUGGUUUGUGUACAAUACAGACUUUCCCCAGAAUACAAGGCGCCUAUUCAUCUUCAAGAUUCAGUUCGGGCAGUCGAGUGGAUGCACAAGAACGCAUCCACACUUGGCGGUGAUUGUAUGAGAAUGUACACUAUCGGUACUUCGGCCGGAGCGGGACUCGCUUUGGCUGUAACACGACAAAUAUUUCUGGGGCUGUCCGAUGCACCGCGAGAUGCCAUAAAGGGCAUUGUAUCCUUUUGCCCACCGACGCUACAUCCAGAUUUUAUUCCACAAAUCUACCAAGAAACACACUCGUCCUACAGUGAGCACGAUGAGGAUGUUCCAAUUAUCAAUGGAAGUACAAUGAGGCGCUUCCACAAGCUCUCUGGACUUGAUUCUACGAACGAGGAUUACUUCAUUGCUCUAAGUCGACAAGAUCAUGCACGGUUUCCACCAACAUACAUCGCGACUUGCGAGCUCGACCCACUAAGGGACGAUGGGAAAGUUUUAGCAACAUCUCUUCGAGAUUCUGGAGUUCGGGUUAAAACAGACCAUUAUGAAGGGAUGCCCCAUUGUUUCUGGAUCUUUCCGGAUAUCCCAGAAGGUGCAGACUUCAUGGAAAACGCGGUAACGGGAGUUCGAUGGGUGAUAGAGCAGUGUUGA